ACAGAGCUCAAAGCAGGGCAUUCAUGGCGGCGAAGUCAUGGUGGAAGCCUUGGCGAUGGCGUAGCGAACCCCUUCUGUUCCUCUCUCACGAUCCCUAACCCUAGUUCCAGAGCUUCCCCUUCCUGCAUUGCCUCUUGAACUCUGGAUUUUGAUCUCUUCUAUGGAUUUAGGUGAGAAAUCGUAGUCUUUGGUGAGAUCUGGUUGGUUUUAGGGAUGGAGAGUGGAGUGAAGCUUUUGUAUAUAGUGGUGGUGGAUGAAAGGGAGAGGAACAAGGGUCUGAAGCCGUUGUCGUUUAGGUACACCCGGCCUGUGAUUCAGAGCACUCUGCAGCUCAUGGGUUGCAAGCCUCGCCACGCAUUCAAGAUUAGCAGAAGAGUAUAUGAGGUUAUGGGAAGUGAGUGCUCUGCUAUGAAAGGUCCUUUUAGUGAUGGAAGCUACUGGGGCCAAUCUCUUUGUAUUGAUCAGGAAGAGGUUAUGAAUCCUUCACAAAGGAAUACGGAGACAGCUUCAAAGAUACCCUUUGAGCUGUACAAAAGGCUUACAACAGUAGUUGUUAUGAGAGACACCUUCUUGAAGGUUAUUUGUGAUGCUCUCGCAGAAUACAAAUAUGUAGGCCCGAAUCAGAGGGCUGACUUGAUGCUGGCAUGCAGAAUUAGGGAAAGGAAGGAGUCUGUAACGAUACUUUUGUGUGGCACGAGUGGGUGUGGCAAAUCUACUCUAUCCGCUCUUCUGCAGGGAAGUAGAUUGGACAUCACUACUGUAAUUUCGACUGAUUCAAUUCGCCACAUGAUGAGGAGCUUUGUUGAUGAAAAACAUAAUCCAUUGUUGUGGGCUUCAACGUAUCAUGCUGGUGAAUGCUUAGAUCCAAUGGCAGUAGCAGAAGCAAAGGCUAAAAGAAAAGCCAAAAAGACCAAAGCUACUUUCCAAGAAGAGUCGCUUGAUGAUGCUUUAAAUGGAAAGCAUGAUAACAAAUUGUUUAAUACAGGCUUAGGGACUGAGUUGAUUGGCAGAAAACAAAUGGCUAUUGAGGGGUUCAAAGCACAAAGUGAAAUGGUUAUUGACAGCCUUGAUCGGCUAAUUACUGCAUGGGAAGAGCGUAAAGAGUCUGCUGUUGUUGAAGGUGUGCACUUGAGCCUAAAUUUUGUGAUGGGGCUCAUGAAGAAGCAUCCUUCAAUAAUACCAUUUAUGGUUCAUAUCACAAAUGAAGGCAAACAUAUGGAGAGGUUUGCAGUACGUGCCAAAUACAUGACACUGGAUCCUGCAAAAAACAAAUAUGUUAAGUACAUCCGGAACAUCAGAGCAAUUCAAGAAUAUCUCUGCAAUCGAGCUGAUAAACAUUUGGUGCCAAAAAUAAAUAACACUAAUGUUGACCGGAGUGUGGCUGCAAUUCAUGCCACAGUCUUCAGCUGCUUACGAAGACGAGAGGCUGGAGAAGCGUUUUAUGACUCAAUUACAAACACAGUAUCUGUAAUAGAAGAAGAGUAUAGAAAUCAGUGUGCAGCAAACUCGCUGAAUUCUAAAGGGAUGUUUCAGUUGAUACAGAGGAUGGGAUCCUCUAGGCAUCUGAUGGCUCUUGUUAAUACAGAUGGUUCUGUUGCAAAAACUUGGGCAGUUGGUGAAACAUUUCUUGGAGGUCCUAUGUGUGAUUCUUUACAGAUUGGGAAGGCAGAGCCAGUUAAUCUCCAGUUUGGUAAUUUUGGGAUCAGUGCUUGGCCAAGUGAGUCUGGUGGAACCAGUCACUCUGGCACUGUCGAUGACCUGAGCUUUGAAGCCACUGACAAUGGCAGCAGAUACUUUUCUUCCUGUUGCAGCUCUCCUAGAAUAUCAACUGGAUCAGCUAAAAAGCUAAAGGAGGAAUCAUCUGUGUCUGGCAGUGAAGAAGAAGCUGAUGAUCCACCUGACGUAGACAGUGAUGGGUAUUCGAGUGAGGAAAGCCAGAAUGAAAUCCAUGAUGAGAUCGAAGGUUCUGUUGAUGAGGAAUCAACCAAAUCUGAUGAGGAGUACGAGGACCUAGCUAGGCAAGACUGCUGGUGUGACAAUGACAAGGAACCAAAUAACAAAAAGAAGCUGAAAGAUGAUAACAAACCGGCAGAGAAUCAUUUACCACUGAAUUUGGGAAAUAAUCUAACCGGGAAAUAUUUGUCUUUGAUUUCUGAUAGAAGGAAACCACCUCAGCUGCAAAGUCUCGGUCAGCUCUUUUUCGGGUCAAUUCUUUCAAACACACAAGAAUAGUUACCCAAAACAAAAACCUCACUGACAAGAUCUUCAAGUUGAGCAUUGCAUUGGAGGUUAAAAUUUGCAUUCUUGGUGUACAAUUUGUAAGACAACAGGAAAGAUUCCAAGAAUGCUCUUCCUAUUUGGAGAAUGCUGAUACUUUUAGAUUUUUGCUGAAACUUUAGGAUAAGCUCUUUGGAAUGCUCAGUGUUGGGCUAAUUCAUCAUUGAUGCUUAUUUUAGGGAGUCUUUAUAUAUAUAUAUAUAUAUUGAUAGAUCUAUACCUUUGGUUUGGAACUAUGAAAUGUGUGUUUAUUUAGUUGGAUGUAUGAAAGUGUGGAAGUAGUUUUAAAGCUAUAUUUAUGAAUUAUCAAAAGUGCACCUUAAUGAUGUAUUCAUUUAGGAGCCAAAAAAA